AUGUUGAGGCUUCAAACGACACUAGUAACACGUGAAAAACAGUUGGAAGCGUGGAGUCGUUUGGUUGUCGAUUACUGUCAAUUUCAUAAGAUCUAUACGCUCGAUAUAACGGAUAUUUCCAAUUCUGAAUUGUUUGUUAACGCCACUCUUAAUCGUAAACUUCCACUUGACGGUGUUCGCGCUGUUUUCGAUUAUCUGGAGCAUAAACGGAAUAUUGAUUGGUUGGAUAAGAGUAAGAACAGGUGUCAUAUUUAUUGGAGGCGACCUGAAGAGUGGGCAUCAUUAAUUUACGAGUGGGCUGUUAGUAACGGAUUAUUGAAUACUCCUUGUACACUGUACGAAAUCACUCAGGGUGACGACGUCUCACAGGAAUCCUUCUUCGGACUUGACAAAGACGUUCUACUGAAGUCGUUAACAAUACUGGUCGAUCAGCGACGAGCUCAAUUAUUGAAUAUUGGAACGGAAACUGAAGUUUGCAUUGACAUUCUGGAAUUGUGUCGAAAAUCGGCCUUUUUCAAGAAUAUGAAUUUGGCUGAGGCAUUAUUGUGUUCAUGGCGAUCAUCUGAUUUUUUACGCUCUGGUGAUGUAAUUGAAGAAGGUGAUACAGUUAUUGUAUAUGUGAAUUUUGGAACAGCAUAUGCGGUUGAUGUGAAACGAGGAUGUACACUCAAUAUGCGUUAUGGUGCCCUCAAACAUGAAUUUUUAAUCGGAAAACGUUACGGUUCUCGAGUAUCAGCCACAGCAGGUUAUGUUUAUGCAUUACGACCAAGUGCAGAUUUGUGGACGAGGACGUUACCGCGACGUACGCAAAUAUUAUACACUCCGGAUUGCGCACUUAUCGUUAUGCUGUUGGAUGCUAAACCUGGAUCGGUUUUGUGCGAGAGCGGUACUGGCAGUGGUUCAUUAUCACACGCUCUUGCUAUGGCCAUCUCACCUAAAGGACAUCUUUAUACGCACGAUAUCGAAGAGCCAAGAGUUAAGCAAGUUGAAGAUGAACUCAAAAAGCAUGGAUUAGGCGACGUAACUACAUGUGUUAAUCAAAACGUCUGUGAGGAUGGUUUCUUUGUAGAGAAUGCUUGUGAUGGUAUAUUCCUUGACAUACCAGCACCAUGGACUGCAAUCUCACACGCUAAAAGAGCUUUGAGUCGUGUGAGAGGUGGACGCAUUGUCAGCUUUUCACCUUGUAUUGAGCAGGUGCAGAGAGUGUGUUCGGCACUUCGUCAUCAUGGAUUCGUUCAAAUCGAAACUUUAGAAUUAGUACCAAGGAAACUCAAGGUGGUUGAUAUGGCGCUGGAAUCGCUGAAAGAAUUCAAUCAUUCGAAUGCUGCGUACGAUAAAGAUGCAACAGGUGUAGGCAUGGAAGAAGAAGAAGCAGGAUUUGAUGCGAAGAGAAGGCGUACUGAUAACAUGAUAAAGAGUAUAGCCAACGAUCUCCCAAUUGAUAAUCGUCCCAAGGAAAUGCAGCAAACAACUCGAUCGAUGCGUUCUUCAACAUUGUUCACGUAUCCAAGCACACAACCCACUCACACUGGUUAUCUGACGUGUGCUUCACUACUUUCAUCGCAGAUACCCCCAAGCAAAUGA